AUGAAUAAGAAAAGUUUACCUAUUCGGUUACUUGAAUAUAUCUAUCAUUAUAAUGUUUUCAUACCUGAUGAGGAUGAUUAUGAUGAUGAUUUAGAUGAUGACAAUGAUAAAGUCAGAGAUCCUGCACUUACUCUCAAACAACAAUUAUAUACAACUCGAUUAUAUGUUCCUCUUUUUAUCAUCAUCCUAUACAUUCUUACUUUCAUUGCUUUUGUCAGUCCACAAGAUCGAUUGAUCACUGUCACUAAUAUAACUCCAGAGCUUUUCAAUCAACUCUCUAUCGAACAUGCUGAUACACUCUCUUGUCCUUGUUCAACUAUUGCUGUGCCAUAUGAAAUCUUGGUAUCAAAUACGAUCUCUUUUCAUCCAGUAUGUUCGAGUAUCUAUGUGAGCAAAGAAUGGAUUCAAGCACUUUAUUUAUCUUAUGCCAGUUCACUAUUAGUGACAGAUUUUCGAACAACUGCUAAAUCUCAAUUUGAACUUCUUGCUGACUUCUGUUCAAUUUGUCAAAAAACAGUUUUUGAAUCUCUAACUGAUCUGAUGAAUGAACAACUUGUUACUGUUCAAUUACUUUCAGAAGAUCAAGUUCGUUCUCAAAUAUUGGCUAAUAUUGAUCUAAUCAAGAGUAGUAUACCUGCUCAAAUCGAAAGUAUAGUGAAAUUAUUACAGAUAACAACUCAAUCAAACUCUAUCGUUUCUGCUCUGAAUACCAAUGCAUAUGUUGUAACAGAUUUGUCCAAUGCUCAAAUACCAUACAUUCACCCAUACUCAACACAGUUUUAUAAUGAAAACAGCAGUUACCAACUUAAUUUCUUUGGUCAAACUUGCAAUGUAGUAAGUGGAAUAGCAUUUUCUGGUUUUUAUUCACUCUCACUGUAUGACAGUACAAAUAAUCAUCUUCAAUGGCCCCUAUAUUAUCCAUAUUUACCGAAUAAAAUAAUUCCUAAUGUAACAGUCGAUGGAUUCUUUAGUGCAUGUACUCCACUAGAUGGUUUGCUUGUCAGUACAUUGGAUUGCUUAUACAGUAAAACUUGUCUUAAGAACUUUGCCGACUAUUUUCCAGAUCUGAAUCAGACAAAUUCCACAUGGUCAGAUGGUCUUUCAGCUUCAUUUCAAAAAAGAAUUGCUGUCAAAGAUCUUUUAUCUGACUUGUUUGUAGAAGAAUGGUUACCUAUGAUCAAUUACUCACAAUAUUUUACUUCUUGUGCUGCAAAAAGAUGUACAUAUACUGAAAUUAAUCAUAUGAAUCUUUUUUAUACUGCUGCUCUUUUACUUGCUCUUUAUGGUGGUCUCACCAUUCUACUUCGUUUGAUUACAUCAUUCUCAGUUUCUGUUUUUUUCAAAGUCAAACAUCACUCAACCAACAACAAUUUUAAUCGUGCAUACAAACAGUUACAAGAAACGCAUUCCGAUUCACUUGAAUGUUCUUGUUCAAAUAUUGCAGUACCAUUUGAAAAAUUUGUUACAUGGUCACCAAGACUUCAUCAGUUGUGUUCAAGUGAUUUUAUCACCGAGAACUGGAUUUCUUUAUUAUCGCUUACUCAGUUAACGGUGCUUUAUGGAGCGCGUAUAACGGAGUGGGAUGGUUUCAAAAGUACACAUUUUCGUUUUUUAUCCACUCUAUGUCAAUUAGCUAACAAAACUGUAACUGAUGCUAUUCAACGAUUUGGUAUACAAUCGUUCAUUACACUCAACGUUACUACUGAAACUAGUUUUAAUAUUCAGUUAAAUAUAAUUGUUAAUCAAUUCGCUCAAUCAUUCAUCACAAAUUUUGAUCUUCUUAUCCAGACAGUACAACUACUCACUCAAACAGACCAACCUUAUACAUUAGAUGGCAAUGCAUUAUUAUUUUAUUUAACAACACAAGAUGAAAUCAAUGGUGCACAAUAUGCUCGGGUAUAG